ACUUUAAACUUUGUAAAAUAUGGCUAGCCUAUUACCAAUAGGGCCCAAUUACUUUUGAGGAAGAUGGAUACAUUUCGGACCCAAUUUUCACAUUUCCGCAAUCUUCCCUCUCUCUCCUUUGACUUGUAACUUAGUCCCAGGCUUGGUUGGUGAAUUUACGUGAUGAAUGCUGCAACAUCGUUAUUUAGGAGGUUAAAUAUCAGAGAGCUGGUAACAAGAACACCUGCUUACAAUACCGCUAGUGGAAAUAUUAUUGUUCGUCAAAGGAGAACCCGAUUUCAUCCUGGAAACUAUGUUGGAAUUGGGAAAGAUCACACGCUUUAUGCUUUGAAGGAAGGCUGUGUUAAGUUUGAGCACCACAAGUUGAGUGGGCGCAAAUGGGUGCAUGUUGAGCCCAAGGAUGGGCAUUUGCUUCUCCCAAUCAACUCAAGCACUACAGCUGCCGAACCGAAGACAGCUACUUAAGUUUCUCUGAUUUUUUAACUGUUGAGUGGUUCGUGGAUAAGCCACGAAGGUUGUCUAGUCUUUGUAUCUCUUAGGUCUCUUGAUUUAAAGCAAAUAUUUGAAGAUUAGU